GUGUUGCUGUCUUAUCUUUCGCGGAGCGAGGCGAGCCUCAAAAGGGCAGCGACACCACUGGACAAGAUGGCACAGAGGGGUUUGGGGUUUAUGAUAGUGCUUGUGUUGGCGCUUGGGCUGGCCACGCGGGCUUGCGGGAGUGUACCACAAGCGUCUCACGUGGGCGACGACGAAUGUGUGACCUGGUACGAUGUUGCUGAACACGGGUCGGCCUUCCGCAAUGCCAAGGACUACGGCGCCGCGGGCGAUGGCGUGACCGAUGACACGGCGGCGCUGCAGCGUGUUCUAACAGAGGGCCGCAGCACACCCUUUACCUUGAAGACGCCCUUGGUGGUCUACUUGCCCCCUGGCACCUAUGUCGUACAUGACACGCUGGCCAUGUACUUUUACACCCACCUCGUUGGCAAUUGGCGCUGCCCGCCCACCAUUCGACUGGCAAACUCCUCCACAACCAUGAGCCAAGCCUAUGUGGUGACGGCGACCAACUUUAACCAAGGUUCACACGUGAGCAACUUUUAUCAUAAGCUGCAAAAUGUAAUCAUCGACAUUGGCGAUGGCAAUCCCAACGCUGUGGGCAUUCAUUGGGCUGUUGCCCAAGGUACCUCCAUCCGAAACGUCACUGUCAAUGUGAAUAAUGGGCACAUGGGCCUCUUUGUCGAAAGUGGCGGCGGAGGGUUCAUCGGAGAUUUGGUAAUCAAUGGCGGCCAAAUUGGUGCUAGCGUUGGUGGCCAGCAAUGGUCGCUGCGGAGCAUCACUGUCAACAAUGCGGCGCAAGUCGGCUUUCAACUCAGCUGGGACUGGGUAUUCACCCUGGUAGACCUCACCAUCAACAACUCACCGGUGGGACUCACCUUCCAAGGUGCCUCAGCGGGUAGCUUUGUCUUGAUCGACUCAACCUUCUCCAAUGUUGGGACCGCAAUCGUCACCGACUAUCCCUCGGCUUUGCGCGGCAUGGUGCUGCAGAAUUUUGCCUACAAUCAGAUUCAAAGUUUGACUCAGGCCAUGCCGGCAGUGUCUGGCUCGGGUCACAUUGAUCGCUGGUUCCAGGGCUCCCUUUACAAUGCCUCUCAGUUGAUGGCUGCAACCACUGGCAGUCUUCCAGCACCCAGUGGGCCGUUGGUGAAGCGGGCUCUGCCUGUGGUGGCCGACAACGCCGUAGUCAGUGCUUAUGACUACGGCGCCAAAGGUGAUGGCCAGACCGACGACACCAUAGCGUUGCAAACGGCCUUGAACACCGGCAAGAUUGUGUUCUUGCCGUAUGGAAACUACCGUAUCACAAGUACAGUGACCAUUCCAUCAGGCAGUGGCCUGGUGGGGGAAGCCCUGUCAAUUUUGUCAGCUGAUGGCACUGGAAGUGCCUUUGCCGACCCAAGCAACCCUCAACCCAUGCUUCAAACGGGCGAUCGCGUUCUGCUUGCUGAUCUUACGCUGAGCCUGCUUAAUAACGCGCUGGGUUGCAUCUUGCUCGAGUGGAAUGCCGACGCCGCCAGCACCAUGCACGAUGUUCAUGCCCGUGUGUACUUCAACGCCAGCAUGCUGAUGCACGUGACCCCCGGUGCCGGGGGCUACUUGGAAAACUCUUGGCUUUGGACCGCAGACCACAACAUCGAUUCCAACACCAAUGUCACAGCCGUGGUGCAAGGCGGCCUGCUGUUGGAGGGUGCGCAAGACCUCACAAUGUACGGCACGGCCGUCGAACACAAUGCGCAAUACAAUUACAACAUCACCGACUCGAGCCAUGUUGUGGCCGUGGUUACCCAAACUGAGACGCCAUACUGGCAGGGCCCCCCAACUAGUUGGGCCUUGACAAUUGGCAACAGCAAGAACAUUUCCAUGUAUGGUACUGGCUAUUACAGUUGGUUUUAUGGCGUGCAGCAAGACAUUGUUCAAGUGGAUGCUGCAAGCCAAGUUGACUUUUUUGCGCACAACGUCUACGGAGUCACGAACAUGCUGUCGGGCGUCACGACCGUCCCCGCCACGUACAAUAGCACCUUCUGCUCAACCAUGACCGUCAACCUCGACGCCUAAGUGACACAGAGCGAGUGUCUUUUAGAUUAGUUGGUGUUUUGUGUUCCGCACACCUCUUUGACUCGCGUUUGUCUCUUCUCGAUUUGUACUUCUGGGGGACGAGGGGUGGCAGCAGCAGGUCUGCCGUCGCGCCAAGGAGUUGAGGAUUGUGCUC